AUGUCCUGGCGACAGCCAGGAAUCGAUGACCGGCUCAUGAUGGAGGAGAUUCUAGAGCUUCUGGCGACGGACAGUCCUGGCAGUCAUCACGAGUCAACAGCUUCAACGACUCUGAACAGCGGUGUCGACCAUCGUAGCAAUCAGGAUGUGGUCAGGAGAGAGUUUAGUCACGAUGCGAUGCAGGGCCCGAGCUACAGAGGAGAGACGCUGAACGGAGAGAUGAAAGAGAUCGUAGAUUUCCUCGGCAGUACCGGUGCCGCGGGGACGCCGGGAUCCCAAAGUCAAGUUACUGCAGAGUCGCCGUUUGGUAACAACAGUUUGAGUCCGCAGGAUGGACUGAGCGUACCGCAUAAAGGCGCAGCGUCAGCAGUAGUUCCUGCUCACCACAGGCCUGGUGCUAUGAUACCGCGAGGCCAUGCAGCGUUAGCUGUAUCGCCGAUCUCUCCCAAUCCACCGCAAGCGAUUACGCAACCCCAACUCACGGCAGGACAUACUGCACUUACUUUUGCUGCCCAUGCAAAAGACUUGACGCCCGCUCCAAUGGCUGCUUCGGUGUCAAAAAGGGCUUCACCAAUUUCGAGGAACUCGUUCGCAGCAAAGCAUGCAAUGAGACCCCCGUCGGCCUCGAAUAUGUUGCCAACGGGGCAGCUCGUGCACGUGAUCAACGCGACAGAAUUCGACGAGCUUCGUCGGAAGCUGCGGAUGCAAACAGCGUCUCGUCGAUAUCGGAAACGAAAAAAGGAGAAAUCACGCCAGCAAAAGAUGCAGAUCCAGGAACUCCAAGCGGAAUUGGCUCGCUUGCAAGAAGCCGAAUCGCAGUGGAAGCAGUAUCGGAAACGCUCGGUCGAGUCGCUUCAGAAGGAGCUGGAGAUGCACGAGCAGGAAGCCAUCAGUCUCUUCAAGAAGAUACAGGAUGGAGCGAAAGAAGAAUUCGAUUGGGUCAAGGUGAUGAGCGGCCACCUUCGCAAGUGA